CAAAUACCAUCGUUUACGUGCAUGGUAACUAAGAUACGCUCCAUUUCCUACUUAUUAAGUUGACGAGGAAGCUAUUUCACUACCAUAAGGUGCAAGUUUAUACAACUUGGAGUGAUAUAACUUGAUUCAUAGAGUAUAACUUUUUUGUUUAAAUAAUUAAUAAAAAUGGAAAUCAAUUUUAAAGGAAAACGAGCUUUAGUGACAGGAGGAGGAAGAGGUAUUGGUAAAUCUAUUGCCCAGGCAUUGUUAAAAUGUGGAGCAGAAGUGAUUGUCUUAGAAAAAAUAGAAGCUGAUCUUCAGAAGUUUAAAGAGGAGGAACCUAGUAUAAUUCCGUUACCAUGCGACUUAAGUGAUUGGGAUUCGACUAGAAAAGCAGUCGAGAGUGCAGGGCCAGUACACCUUCUUGUCAACAGCGCUGGUGUGGCAGCUAUCACACCGUUCCUGGACGUCAAAAAGAGUGAACUGGAUUGGGUUUUCAGUGUGAAUUUUCAGGCUUUAGUGAAUGUAUCCCAGGUGGUUGCCAAGGGUAUGAUUGACAGAGGUGAGGGAGGAGCCAUAGUUAACAUCUCUAGUAUGACGACGAACGUCGCUUUUCCCGAGCAUACGUCGUACUGUUCAUCCAAGGGAGCAGUUGAUACUCUUACACGAGUUAUGGCCCUUGAGCUUGGACCACAUCAGAUUCGCGUCAAUGCAAUUCACCCUACCAUUGUUAUGACAGAUAUGGGAAAAAGAGCAUGGGAGGACCCAAAGAAGCACAUGAAAUACCUGGUCAGGACACCAAUGGGACAUUUUGCAGAACCCACUGAUGUUUCCGACGGUACGGUAUUCUUGCUGAGCGACAUGGCGAAAAUGAUCAACGGUACGAUCCUGCAUAUUGACGGCGGACUCACUUCUAAUUAGGAGCCGAGAGACGAUGAAAACUAUGCAAUUUGAACUAUGCUACGAAUCAUACUCAAGUGAAAAUAUCAGAAUAUUUCAUAGUUGCACACAAACGUGUAUAGUGAUACUAAGUCCACUGUCAGAAAUAUUAUUAACUGGUACAGUAUUAAAAUGCAGAAUCAGAAAAAAUAGUUAAUAGUUUCUCUCUGAGGGGAGACCAUUCAACUUAUUUCUGAAGAAGGGGUUCAGUGAAAUUCGUUCAAGUGUAGAUUCGAUGUCAGGUUUUUUAACCAAACGAUUUUAUAUGGAAAAUUUACACAGAACAAAACUAUAUAAUCUUGUGAAAAAAUCUUUUCAAUCAAACUUGUGCUAAAGACCACCUCCAAAUAAAGGUCACUAAAAAUCCUGCAUAUAAAGGCCACUAUAUUCUCUUCCCGUUUUACCAUAAAUAACGGUAAUAUACCCCUGUUGAAGGACCACCUGCAAACAAGGACCACUUUGUCGUGUCCCAAGGAUAAUCUUUAUAGACAUAUUUGAUUGUUCAUGUAUAUAAUUAUCCUGGCAUAUUGUUCCCGUUCUGGAAAAAAUGCACACGUGUUCACGUUUUGGUCUUCCAGUAAAAUUUAGUGUUGCAAGUCCGCCUGAUUUAACAGCCUGAUAUUUACUUCCUAUUAAAGUUAAAACUUUGUUUUUAGGUAGAUUUUUUAGACGUUUAAUUAUACAGCCGUGAAAUUGGAUGAUUGCAU